AUGAUAGUCCGCAGAACCUUCCUAAAGCUAACACCGCCAAGUCCAUUCAUUCACCCUCUGUUACCCCGCGUCGCGCAAACCGCAAGUCGAAGUUUCAGGACGUCAAGAUUCGCCAUGUCGAGAGCUGAAGCAGAAAAGCUCAUUCAAAGAAACCCUCACCCGGAUUUCAAAAAGGUGGAAGCAGGCAGGGAAGCAUGGGAUAAAUCGUUGGAAUGGAAACUCAAACAGACUAUCAAGCCAGAUUGGAAGUACGGGGAUGGGGCAAACGAUGGCGGCGCAAGCCUGAAGAUCCCUCAUGUGGAAAUAGAUCCCCACGAGGAAGGCAGAGCCGCGGUGUUUAAUUACAAGCUGUUGAUUUCCGGCAUUAUUCCGCGCCCAAUUGGCUUCCUCAGUACUAGAUCGAAGGAUGGGAGUAGUACGAAUCUCGCACCAUUCAGUUGGUUCCAGAUGAUAACCCAUGACCCGCCUUUGUUCACUAUCGGCUAUGCUGGCGGCUUUGAAAAUGCGAAGGAUUCCUUGAAGAAUCUGGUUGAGUCAGGGGAAUGUGUUAUCAACAUCAUCUCGGAGCAUUUCGUCGAGGCUGCCAAUGCCACAUCCGUUAAUGCCCCAUAUGGGGAGAGUGAGUGGAGUCUGAGUGGUCUUACUCCAGCACCUUGCUCAACCGUCAAGGCUAGCAGAGUCAAGGAGGCUAUUUUCUCUAUUGAGGGCAAGUUGGAGAGCACAAGGGAAUUUGACAGUAAGGCCAAGCCAGGGAAGAAGUCUGCAGUGCUUGCUACUAUUGAGGGGACGAGAUUUUGGGUAAGGGAGGAUGCUAUCAAUGGGGACAAAAACCAGAUUGAUCCUGCUAUUCUGAAGCCAAUAAGCCGCCUAGGGGGCAUGACUUACGGAAGAAAUACCGAGGGAUUCGAUAUUCUGAGACCAGAUUAUGAGGAGACUGUUGCGAAAAAUGAAGAGGCUAAGAAGCUCGUCAAGCCAAAGAUAGAGGGACAAUAG